CCCACUGCAUUGUCAGAUCCUUUUCUUGUGCCCUUUAAUUUGAAAAUAUGAAAGCGGAAAGAUCAACUAACUACUCCACAUUAAACCCCGAUCAUCCAUUAAUAUCCCGCAGAAAAAGGCUAGCGAUAAACAAGUCCUAGCUAGGAGACACCGGUCGACAUGAUCCUUUCUCGCAUGAAGCCAGCCGUUGGUGCGGAGACGCCGGUGAGCUUCAGUGAGAAGAAGAAGAAGACGAAGGUUCCCCCCCUGGAGGAAUACCUGCAGCAGAGAGACUACCUCGGGGCUUUCACGCUGUUAGAGGUGCCUACACAGUUUCAGAGAAGUAUUGGAGAAAAACAGGAGCAUGCAGACCUCUGGAUUGGCUACUGCGCUUUCCACCUGGGUGAUUACAAGAGAGCCAUGGAGGAGUACAAGUCUCUGACCUUGAAGCCUGACUGCCUUGCUGAGGUGUGGGUGUUUCUGGCCUGUGCACUGUUUUUUCUCGGUCUCUAUCAAGAGGCCGAGGAGGCUGCAUCUAAAGCGCCAAUGUCGCCCCUUCAAAACCGACUACUCUUCCACUUGGCUCAUAAGUUCAACGAUGAGAAGAGGUUGAUGGAUUUCCACCAGAACCUGGAGGAUGUGACAGAGGACCAGCUGAGCCUGGCAUCCAUCCACUACAUGCGCUCUCACUACCAGGAGGCCAUCGACAUCUAUAAACGUCUCCUACUGCAGAACAGAGAUUUCCUCGCCCUGAAGGUUUACGUCGCUCUGUGCUACUACAAGCUGGACUACUACGAUGUGUCCCAGGAGGUGUUGGCAGUGUACCUGCACAGCAUACCGGACUCCACCAUCGCCCUCAACCUGAAGGCCUGCAACCACUUCAGGCUCUACAACGGAAAGGCAGCGGAGGCUGAGUUAAAGAACCUGAUCGACAUCUCCUCCUGCUCCUUUGAGUUCGCUAAGGAGCUUAUCCGACACAACCUGGUGGUGUUUCGGGGAGGGGAGGGGGCGUUGCAGGUGCUGCCUCCUCUGAUCGAUGUGAUCCCCGAGGCCAGACUCAACCUGGUCAUCUACUAUCUCAGACAAGAUGAUGUCCAGGAAGCUUUUAACCUCAUUCAAGAUUUGGUUCCCACAACCCCUCAGGGACUAGACAAGACAUCACACAAAGAUCUUUUAUUUUCUCAGGAGUAUAUUUUGAAAGGAGUGGUAAAUGCGGCUUUGGGACAAGAAAUUGGAUCGAGUGAUCACCUAAAAAUCGCUCAGCAGUUCUUUCAGUUGGUCGGAGGCUCGGCCAGCGAAUGUGAUACUAUUCCUGGCAGACAAUGCAUGGCCUCCUGCUUCUUCCUCUUGAGACAGUUUGAAGAUGUUCUCAUAUAUCUAAACUCAGUCAAGGGUUACUUUUUUAACGAUGAUACGUUCAACUUCAACUAUGCUCAGGCAAAAGCAGCACUGGGCAACUACAAAGAAGCAGAAGAGGUUUUUCUCCUGAUUCAGAAUGAAAAGAUCAAGAAUGACUAUGUUUACCUCAGCUGGCUGGCACGAUGCUACAUAAUGAACCAGAGAGGUCGGCUUGCCUGGGAGCUCUAUCUGAAGAUGGGCACUUCCUCCAAUUCCUUCAGCCUGCUGCAGCUCAUUGCCAACGACUGCUACAAGAUGGGUCAGUUCUACUAUGCAGCUAAAGCAUUUGAUGCACUGGAGAAACUGGACCCAGGAUCCAACUACUCGGAGGGCAAGAGAGGGGCUUGUGUCGGCGUCUUCCAGCUCAUACUGGCAAACAAGGAGUCCAAGGAAACACUUAAAGAGGUGUUGUCUCUGCUACGAAAUUCAGGAAACCCUCAGGUUGAGUACAUCAUCAGAACUCUGAGGAAGUGGGCCAAAGACAACAGAGUCCUCCUCUAGUGAGACUUUUGUGUACUGAACUACAGCUCUUGACAUCAAGAGCAGCUACAUUAUGCAGAAAUAUGGAACUAUUAUCUCUGCCACACUUAUUGUGAAAAUAUGUAUGUUUUGAAUUGAAAUCCUUUGUUCUUAGGUAUUUCUAUUAAAAUGUUACUUUGUUAUUUUA